AUGGGGACCACUGAAGCCACACUCCGGAUGGAAAAUGUGGAUGUGAAAGAGGAAUGGCAGGACGAGGAUCUUCCCAGGCCACUCCCAGAAGAGACCGGAAUGGAAUUGCUUGGCAGCCCAGCUGAAGACACAUCCUCCCCUCCCAAUACGCUGAAUUUCAACGGAGCUCAUCGUAAGAGAAAGACACUGGUGGCCCCAGAGAUUAACAUUUCUCUGGAUCAGAGUGAGGGCUCCUUGCUGUCCGAUGACUUCUUGGAUACCCCUGAUGACCUGGAUAUAAACGUGGAUGACAUCGAGACCCCCGAUGAGACCGACUCACUGGAGUUCCUAGGAAAUGGCAAUGAACUAGAGUGGGAAGAUGACACCCCUGUGGCCACUGCCAAGAACAUGCCUGGGGACAGUGCAGACUUAUUUGGGGAUGGUGCAGCAGAGGACGGCAGUGCUGCCAACGGGCGCCUGUGGCGGACGGUGAUCAUCGGGGAACAAGAACACCGUAUUGACCUGCACAUGAUCCGGCCCUACAUGAAGGUGGUCACCCAUGGAGGGUACUAUGGUGAAGGUCUCAAUGCCAUCAUCGUCUUUGCCGCCUGCUUCCUCCCAGACAGCAGCUCCCCAGACUACCACUACAUCAUGGAGAACCUCUUCCUGUACGUCAUCAGUAGUUUGGAGCUCCUGGUGGCAGAGGACUACAUGAUCGUGUACCUGAACGGUGCCACCCCCAGGCGGAGGAUGCCUGGCAUCGGCUGGCUGAAGAAGUGCUACCAGAUGAUUGACCGGAGAUUACGGAAAAACCUGAAGUCUUUGAUCAUUGUCCACCCUUCCUGGUUCAUCCGGACUGUGCUGGCUAUAUCACGCCCCUUCAUCAGCGUCAAGUUCAUCAAUAAGAUCCAAUAUGUGCACAGCUUGGAAGACCUGGAGCAGCUUAUCCCCAUGGAGCAUGUCCAGAUCCCAGAAUGCGUCUUGCAAUAUGAGGAGGAAAGACUCAAGGCCAGGAGAGAGAGCGCGAGGCCUCAGCCAGAGUUUGUCCUGCCCAGUUCCGAAGAGAGGACAGAGGCAGCAGCAGUGGAGAACAGAUCUGCUCCAGCCACAGAAGAUCAAGAAACAAGCAUGUCCUGA